AUGUUUCGAAGGCGUUCGUUCGAUGACUUCAAUUUAGUACGGUUGAAGCUUCCAGAGGAGUUCAUCAUGGAAGAUGUCAGGCUACGAGGACUGGCACCAGUUUUGGAGGACAACGCAGGAAACGGAAGGCACUCAUCAUUUUGCCUUUGUCGAAUGGACGACGGGAUUAAAAACAGUAAAAAAGGUGAAAAUUAUGCCUUUUGCGAAUAUUGUUCAACUGAUGUUAGUAUUGCGAACGCAGGCGUUUCAUCUAUUAAACAACAUUUUGAAAAAGAAGUUCACAAAAACAACGUGAAAAUUAAAAAGUCUACUGUCGGAAUAUCAAAAUUUUUUCAUAGUAAUAAUUUGCCCACAUCUAGAAAAACUGCUGCAGCAGAAGGAGCAUUUGCAUAUCAUGUCGCUUUUCACUCGUUAUCGUUUAAAGCUGCAGAUUGUACAAAUCGUUUAAUUUCAACUGUUUUCGCUGAAUCGGAAACUGGUCGGAAAUUUUCAUCUGCUCAAACAAAAACGCAGACAAUCAUUUCAAGAAUAUUGGCUCCGAAAUCAAUUGAGAAUCUUUUGUCUGAAUUGGGCAGCGAGCCGUUUUCUAUUGCAACCGACUCGUAA